AAUAAUGAAAUGAGGAUUAACAGUAGCGUAUGUUCUUACAUAUUUCUAAAACAUCUAGAGAUGAGUCCUAAAAUUUUCAAAAUCGAACAUACAAUCAUGAUCGUGUAUAUUUUAUCACAAACGUAUGUAUCAAAAAAAGAUUGUCAAAACAACUGUUGUUGACUAAUGUCAACCAACGUCGCGUCCUUCUGCGGUUUAAACUUUUCAAACCGCUGUGACUUGAAGCAAACGGCAAACGUAUUAUCACGCGGAUAGAAGUGGCGAUUAAAUCGGAGAUAACGUUCGUGAAAGUGUCGAUUUAUUGAUAGCGAUAUCUCAGUGAGAAAAUAUGCUCUUUUAGACGCUGGUGCAACUGCAUUAAUAGGUUAUGUCCGCGAGUGGACAAAUGAAUCGAUUGUAGUAUAGAAUUGCGAGAAAAAGAACAUGUCAAGAAAGUGGUUGUCGAAUUUUGCGCUGGCCGGCACCAUCAGGUUGCUGUUAAUGAACUCCGGAUACCAAAAAAUCAUCAGCAACCGCGUCGAGGUAUCGACCGCCUUGAACUCCUGGAAGAGAGUGACCGAAGGUGUAUACCUGCACAAUUUUGACAUAGACCCCUACCAGGGAGACCUGUUCCACGAAACGCCGAUCGGCUUAUACGUCUUCAGUUUUAUGCAAAAGUAUUUAUCACAGUGGGCAUUAUUUCUGCUGUUUGUUAUUACCGACUUGACGACCGCCUUGUGCCUCGCCCUUACUGCUAAACACUAUGCGAUUGAAUUGGCAUCGAAAAGAAGAGAGGAGAAAGAUAGAGAAAGUAAGAAGGUCAGUAAAGAUAUUUCUAACACGUCAGUCCUGUACGUUUCCGCAGGCUAUCUGUUCAAUCCUUACAUAAUACUGAACUGCGUCGGCCUGACGACCACAGUUUUUACCAAUUUGCUUUACUCGAUCGCAUUGUUGUCGAUGACGAGACGCUCCGUGUUUUGGAGUUGUACAUCAAUAGCGCUACUGACACUGCAGGGAUUCUACCCUGUGUCGCUUAUGGUGCCAGCGACCAUUUACGUCGCUCGUGCGACGAAGGAUAGGAAAAUUGGCGUUGCUGUAAUGCUCGUUGCAUUCGCAAGCAUAUUAACGGCCCUACUCGCCGUCUCGUAUUGUAUCAUGGGCAGCUGGUCGUUUUUGGGGAGCACCAUCGGCUUCAUUCUGACCGUCCCCGAUUUACGCCCGAAUAUCGGGCUGUACUGGUACUUCUUUACGGAGAUGUUCGAGCACUUCAAAUGGCUCUUCAUCGCCUCCUUUCAGAUAAACGUCAGUUUACUGUACAUAGUCCCGUUAGCGCUGCGAUUGCGACGCGACCCGAUGCUGCUAGCGUUUUCCUACCUAGCAAUAGCUGCCAUAUUUAAGUCCUACCCCUGCAUCGGAGACGUUGGCUUUUAUAUAUCUCUACUACCGCUGUGGAAGCACUUGUUUCAACAUAUGCAACAAGGAUUCAUCGUAGGUUGUUUUAUAUUGUUUUGCACAGUCUUUGCCCCAACUGUGUGGCAUCAGUGGAUCUAUUCGAGAUCGGCGAAUGCCAAUUUCUAUUUCGGGGUAACGCUGGCAUUCGCCAUAGCGCAAAUCUUCCUUCUCACAGACAUUCUGUUCGCUAGUGUUAAACACGAGUUCGCGGUUCAACAUGGUAUCAAUAAGAAAGUUAAUGGAAAUGAAGCUAAACUGCUGCUCGAAUAAACGCUAAGAACUUCCUUAGAUCAAAAUGUGUAAUAAUUUACCAAUGAACAAGAGUGGAUAAUACGUGUCUCAUCUGCCUCGUGAAAAAAUAAAUAGUUUUUUA